AUGCCGAAAAGGUCCGUUGAUGCCCGACAGACUUCGAAAGCUUUUCAGUGUGGUCCAGGAGGAGGCAAAGAAAGUACAAGUAUCAGUUUGGAUGAGCACCAAAUUGUUAAUGAGAUUUUAGAAAAGCAACUAAAAAUUUGUGGCUACAGGAAUGAUAAAGAAGUCAUAGAUCUGUACCUUGGAGAAAAUGGAUUAAAAGAUGUUCCUCAUUUAUCACGGUUCCGGAAAUUAAGAAAUUUGUGGCUAAACCACAAUAAGAUUCAGUAUAUAACUUCCGUGAAAUAUAACUGUUGCUUGACAGAAUUAUAUCUUCAUAAUAAUGAUAUCAGAAGUAUAACAGGUGCUCUGAAGAAUUUACACUCACUGCAGAUCUUGCUGCUUCACAACAACCAGCUAAAAAAUUUGAAUUUGACUGUGAAAGAACUACAAGGAUUGCGAACCUUACAUACCUUAAACCUGUUUAAUAAUCCUCUGUCACGAGAGUGCAGAUACCGCCUAUAUGUAAUAUAUCACAUUCCCUCAGUAACUUUGCUCGACAGAAAAGAAAUAACUAGAAAAGAAAGAGAAUCAGCGUUGCAUAUCUACAAUCAUGAGAAGACCCUUGUCCUUCAGUCCAUAGGAUUUGGGAAAAGGGUAGAUAUACCUUUGCUGCCAAAGGCAGCAUUCAGGCUGACAUCCACAAAAGCGUUGCACUUGCCUCCAGGUUGCGAGUUUGGAAAUCACUUAGUUAAAAUCCCAUUUGCAAAUCCAGAAGAUGCUGUCUUUGUGCGGGCAAUGAAGCGUGGCAUGGUGGAGUUUUCAACUGUGGAUUGGGGGAAAAUGCCUACCUGUGAAGAAAAACGCCUUGGCAGCAGUCCAGAGAAAAGGCCAGAAAAACUGACCAUUAGAUUCAGAUAAGAGCCUGUUUCUUAGAGAAAACUCUCUCUUUUAAGAACUUUUUUUGCAUUGCAUUCCUAUUAAAUGUUCCAAGUGUCAAUUGAAGAUAUUUUAAGGGGGGAAAUAUUAUUUAGUUGUUUUAACACUGAAUGUAGAACACUUUUUAAAAUAACAGUGAUUCAAGAAUUCAGUGGCCAGGGCAAUAAUGUUACAUUCAUGACAUAGAUCGGUCUUGGAGUUUCAAAGUAUGUUUGAAAAGAAUUAGAUUUUGAAGUAACAGAGGUUUAAAUACAAAUUUUUGCUACUCAACAAUAGGACUAUAUUACAAUUAUAUUACUUGAAAUAUCUUCAAAGAUAUGAGAUCAGUAUUGGAAAGUCUCAGUCCUUAAUUGCCUUCUAUGUUAAGAAAUACUGUGAACUGGUAGGAGAAAUGGGAGGUAUGAGAUUAGUUAUUUCAUCCCAUUAGGCUUCAUCAUAGUAUCUAAAAUAAGUGUUAACAUCUUUAUUUAUAGGACCAUUGAAGUGAAUCUAAAUACAGUAUUCAAAUUUCAUUUGCGUUCACAAGUUGUAAAUAAUGCAGUAAGUGAAAAAAUUAUCUGGCAUUAAUUUUUGAAAAGUCUGGUAUGUAUGGUUCUCUGAUCAUUACUGAACUCCAGGGCCAGCUGUUCCAGCUAAUAUAUCCACCAGUGAGACAAUUUAGCAACUUCUGGAUGGCCCUAAAUAUCUGCCAUAAAUUAGUCACAGACAGCCAGCCUAACCUAUAUCAUAUUGUUUUCUUUGUAACACUAAGUACAUUUUAUUUUACAUAUUAGUUGAAGGCUGAACUAUGAUUUUCUUUGUAACUGUUGCAAAGAGUUAGAUGUAGUCUUUACCAUAGAUACUUUUAAUGUGCCAAUUUAAAAUGACAUCUCUUAGGCAUUCUAACUGAAUAGCAAGUAAGCAGUCUGACAAAUUCUAACCCACUGGGAUAUCUUAAGAUAAAAAAAUUCUCCUGUUAUGAUAUUAAUUUUUGGAGGCAAAUAUUCAAUCUGACAAUGUUUUGCAUGGAUUAAAAAAAAUAUGGAAACCAGUUAGAAUACUGAACUGUUUAAGGGAUUGCCCUUAUUCUGUAAAAAUAGCUAGUCCAGAACAAUUCAGCUUGUCUUGAUUUUGGAUUUGUUAUAUUCAUUUUGUGUACAUUCCUAGUACAGACUUGUCAAGUUCAAUAUUUUGCAUUUCAUAUAAGAAAUGAGAGAAAAAAUAUUAUUUGCUAGUGUGGAAAUUAGCUGCAAAUUAAUAUAGAUAAUAAAAGUAGAUGCAACAAUGUUCUGAGUUUUCUUUUUUCUUUUUUUUUUCCAAUAAGAAAUUUUUAAGUUGUCUUACUGAUUUAUUCUUAAAAAUGUAUAGGAGGUGGGGAGGAAGUAUUGUUAACGAUAUUUUCUUAUGGUUUGUAGAGGUAGUUCCUCAAGCUACAAAAGUUACUUAACAGCUGUUGGAUGUUACAAUCUCCCAAACCUAUCCUACAUAUGACCCUGCUUCAAAGUUACAACUGCUGCAGUGCCCCAUCCCCCCUUCCCCCCCCACUGUCACUGCACCACUUGGGCCUGCUCCUACAUGCCUAUCACCCACCCCACAUUUAUCUUUUGAAGAUCUUUGGACCUCACCAGGGGUGAAAUGUAAAAUUUGUUACUACCGGUUCUGUGGGCAUGGCUUGGUGGUGGGGGUAAUGUGACUGGGUGGGCGUGGCCAACUUUUUUUUUACUUUUAAAAGCAUUUUUCUACAACCUCUUCAGCCAAAGACGUUGUAAAAAAUGCUUUUAAAAGCCUCUGAUGAUCUCAGCUGAGCUGUGCGAUCAUCAGAGGUUUUUUUUUUACUUUUAAAGGCAUUUUUUUCAGCCGAAGAAAAAAUAUUUUUAAAAGUAAAAAAAAAUUCUCUGAUGAUCACGCGGCAUGGGGGGGGGGGCAGGGAUUUUUGCUACUGGUUCUCUGAUCCAGUCCGAACCGGGAGCAUUUCACCCCUGGACCUCACAUUGCAGAACACACUAUAUGUCCCUGGGCCAGGCAGUGGCGAUCCAAAUGCAGCCAUUUCAUUCCAGGGCAGAGCAAAUUAGCAGCCAAGAGACAAAUUGGUUUCUGUUGCCUUAAAAACUACAUAUCACUGCAGAAGCUUAUCAAACAUAUCACUGCAACUUAAAAGAAGCUUUCUGCAUCGCUGUGCAGACCUCAUUAAGGUAGCAAAGCAGAAUGGUUUAUCCUAUGGCUACAUGGCGCAUUUCUGGAAGCAGUAGCUAAUUCUGCCCAUAAGUUUCUGAAUGGUGGUGCAAGCCACAUCAGUGAAAUAUAAUGCUUUGUCCCUUGGCUGCAUGGCACGAUUCCAGAGGUGGCUGCUAUGUACACAACAGCUUAACUGCAUUCUGAUGGCUGUAAAUAUCUCUGCCACUUACAGAAUUGUGCCAUGAUGAAGUAAUCUGUUAAAUAUAGGGAGGCCUUGGGAAGGCCAGGAUGGGCAGACCAGGGCCAAUUCCCUGCAUCCCAGGCACCCCAUGUCCCAUUUAACUUGGCUGUAUUGGGGAAUAGGUAUGGGGCGUCAUUACAUGAGAUGCCAUUGCAACAUGCAACCAUUAUAGGCAGGCUCCAUUACAAUUGUAUCUUGAAGACUAUAUGUAUAUGUUAUCAAUCAAUGUAUGGAGAGUAUGUAAGUAACAUUGCUAAUUUGUUAGAUUUUAAAGGAAAUUAGCAGCAUUAUUUGCUGUGGACAACAGCAUCCAACACAAAUAGAUGAGUUCAAAUCACCAGGACCGGAUGGAUUACAUCCCAAGGUUCUGAAGGAAAUGGCAGAUGAGAUCUCAGAACCACUGAACUAUAUCUUUCAAAGAUCCUGGAGCACAGAGGAACUGCCAGACGACUGGAAAAGAGCUGAUGUAGUUCCCAUCUUCAAAAAAGGGAAAAAAAAACAGAUCCAGGAAACUACAGAUCUAUCAGCCUGACCUUAAUACCAGGGAAGAUUCUGGAAAAGAUAAGCAACGAAUUACCAAACACCUAGAAGCAAACAAAGUAAUAACCAAAAGCCAAUAUGGGUUUGUCAAAAACAGAUCAUGCCAGACUAAUCUUAUUGCAUUCUUUAACAAAAUGACAAAAUUAGUGGACCAGAGGAAUGCUGUCGAUAGUUUCCUUGGACUUCAGUAAAGCAUUUGAUAAAGUAGACCAUAACCUACUGCUAAAUAAAGUAGAAAAAUGUGGGUUAGACAGCAUCACCACCAGAUGGAUUUGUAACUGGCUGACCAACCGCAGUCAGCACGUAGUCCUCAAUGGAACUACAUCCACAUGGAGGGAAGUAUGCAGUGGAGUACCCCAAGGCUCUCUUUUAGGCCCAGUACUCUUCAACAUCUUCAUCAAUGAUUUGGAUGAGGGGAUAAAUGGAGAACUCAAAUUUGCAGACGACACCAAGCUGGCAGGAAUAGCCAAUACUCCAGAAGAUAGGCUCAAGUUACAGAAGGUUCUUGACAGACUUGAACAUUGAGCGCUAUCUAACAAAAUGAAAUUCAACAGUGAAAAAAGUAAAGUUCUACAUUUAGGCAAAAAUAAAUAAAUGCACAGGUAACAUAUAUGUGGUACCUUGCUCAAUAGUAGUAACUGUGAGAGGGAUCUUGGAGUCCUAGUGGACAACCAUUUAGAUAUGAGCCAGCAGUGUGCAGCAGCUGCCAAAAAAGCUAACACAGUUCUGGGCUUCAUAAACAGAGGGAUAGAAUCAAAAUCAUGUGAAGUGUUAAUACCACUUUAUAAUGCCUUGGUAAGGCCAUACUUGGAAUACUGCAUUGUUUUGGUUGCCAAGAUGUAAAAAAGAUGUUGAUGGACUCUAGAAAGAGUGCAGAGAAGAGCAACAAAAAUGAUUAGGAGACUGGAGGCUAAAACAUAUGAAGAACGGUUGCAGGAACUUGGUAUGUCUAGUUUAAUGAAAAGAAGGACUAGGGAGACAUGAUAGCAAUGUUCCAAUAUCUCAGGGGUUGCCACAAAGAAGAGGGGGUCAAACUAUUUUCCAAAGCACCUGAGGGUAGAACAAGAAGCAAUGGGUGGAAACUGAUCAAGGAAAGAAGCAACUUAGAACUAAGAAGAAAUUUCCUGACAGAACAAUUAAUAAGUGGAACGACUUGCCUGCAGAAGUUGUGAAUGCUCCAACAAUGGAAUUUUUAAAGAAAAUGUUGGAUGGCCAUUUGUCUGAAAUGGUGUAGGGUUUCCGCCUGGGCAGGGGGUUGGACUAGAAGACCUCCAAGUUCCUUCCAACUCUGUUUUAUGAAAAAUAUUUUAAAACCGCGGUAUGGCUCAGGCUGUAAGACAGCCUGUUAUUAAACACAGCUGCUUGCAAUUACUGCAGGCUCGAGUCCCACCAGGCCCAAGGUUGACUCAGCCUUCCAUCCUUUAUAAGGUAGGUAAAAUGAGGACCCAGAUUGUUGGGGGGGGCAAUAAGUUGACUCUGUAUAUAAAUAUACAAAUAGGAUGAGACUAUUGCCUUACACAAUGUAAGCCGCCCUGAGUCUUCGGAGAAGGGCGGGAUAUAAAUGUAAAUAAUAAAAAAACCAACCUGUUUCUGGUCCUUUGCAGUAUUAUACAAAAAUUGUGAUUCAGCCAGGUCAGGAUGCUAGAUUCUUAAUUAAUACAUUUACUUUGGAACUGAAUGUUAUUAAAGUAUUAUAUAUAUAUUUAAAUAUUGAUAUUUUAAAAGAAAUUACAAUAUCAGUUCAGAUAAUUAUUUUAUACAGAUAAAUUACUGACAAAUUUAUAUUAGCCAAAACCCUCUAAAAUAUGUUUUAGCAAAACUGAGAUUUAAUCUAUCAGAUUUUCAGCUUUAUCAUCUGGUUUUCAUUUCAACAUAUAUUCUUGUGAAAUGAUAUUUUUUUCUGAUAUUGCCCUCUUUUGACUCAAUUACAUUGUUUACCCCUUUGAAAUCUCAGCAAAUUUUAGAAUGAAGGUAUAAUAACAAGGAUUUUCAUUUUUAGCCUUAAAGAUUGUUAGACAUAUUUUGUUACUAAUAGGUAAAGGAUGAAAAUUUGACCCAGAACUAUAAAGAAACUAACUUGAACAAUCCAAAUUUGAAGACAAUAGGCAAUACCUCUAUAUGGACCAGAUGCCUUAGUAGCUUCAGAUAUCAUUUUUAAAAGAAACUGCUUAAAGUGAAAUUAACAAUUUUACACAACAUUUUCAAAAAUAAAAGUAAAAAUUAAAUGAAAAUAAGUAUUAUAUACUUGAAAUGUGGAAUACAGAAUUUAAAUAUGCAAUCUUGAAAAUCAUUAGAGUCAGGUCCAACAAAUGUAAACACAGAUAUUGAUUUAAGAAAAAAGCUAAUAACAUCAGAAUGUAUGUUUUAUGUUUAUGGAACCCUCAUAGAAUGUUUUUAAAAGACUAGGUAUCAAAUUAUUUUUUGUGUGUAUUGUCGCUAUGGUUUGUCCAUGUCCUACCACAGCUCUUCUUUGGUUUUGACGUACAUUAAUAACUUUGGAAGGAAAUACAAGCUGAAAGAUGUGUACAUAAAUAUUAUAUUCCUAAUGUAAGGACAUUGUCAUUUUAUAAAAAGCUUUGGUUUUAUUAAAGAAUAAAAUUACAGAAAUAUAAAAAUGUGUAAAAAAUAAUAAGGGUUGGAUUAAAGAUAUGUUUGUUAUUUAGAUAUGCUUUUAUGUUCCAAAAAUGAAAAGCUGGAACAAUGUUUCUGUUUGCCUAGAUUUAGUGAUAAAUUCAUAGAUUAAACCAAUCUCACCUUAUUAUUAAAAUAAUAUGUGAAUUUAAAAAAAAUUAGUUUUAAUUUUUAUAAUCUGUGUUGCUUUUUCAAAAAAAGAAUAGUGCAGUUAGCCUAGCACAAGCUUUUUGUUCAAAUGGAGAAAAAUAAAUAUUUAAAUAAAAGAGUUUAUCAAAGGAAAAGAAAUCACAGUAGAAUAUUCCUGUAGUAUUUUUCAAACUAUUUUCCCCAAGGGAGUGCAGCUAUAUUUCCUGCUAUAUAUUAGUUCAACUAAUAUGAUUAAUAAGCAGAUAUGGAUUUUUAGAAACUGUAUACAGGUAGUCCUUGUUUAAUCCACUU